UAUUCCUUGCAAAGGUUGCUAUUUGAUUAGCGUAAUGGCAAGAACAAAACAGACAGCUCGUAAAUCUACCGGUGGCAAAGCUCCCCGAAAACAGCUUGCCACUAAAGCAGCUCGUAAGAGCGCUCCUGCUACCGGUGGCGUAAAGAAGCCUCACCGUUACAGGCCCGGUACGGUAGCUCUGCGAGAAAUCCGCCGUUACCAGAAAUCCACGGAGCUGCUUAUUCGUAAGCUGCCUUUCCAGCGACUGGUGAGGGAAAUCGCUCAGGAUUUUAAGACCGAUCUCCGUUUCCAGAGCUCUGCUGUCAUGGCUCUGCAGGAGUCCAGUGAGGCUUACUUGGUGGGUCUGUUUGAGGACACGAACUUGUGCGCCAUCCACGCCAAGAGAGUAACUAUCAUGCCCAAGGACAUCCAGCUGGCUCGCCGCAUUCGUGGAGAACGUGCUUACUGGUUUCUCGGUCUUCUUGGGCAGAAGCACAGCCUGAAUGUUAGGCAGCACACCACCCUGAGCGAUGGUCACGCCACCCAGCAGCUUGUUGAGCUCUUCGUCGUUACGGACAGCCAGCUGCAGCCUUUAAAAACAGGAACUCGGGAAGUUGCAGCAUUCAGUUUUUCCUCUGUAGCAAUGCCUGAGCCGAAAGCUGCCCCUGCUCCCAAGAAGGGCUCUAAGAAAGCCGUUUCUAAGAGCCAAGCUAAGGGUGGGAAGAAACGCAGAAAGACCAGGAAGGAAAGCUACUCCAUCUAUGUGUACAAGGUACUGAAGCAAGUUCAUCCCGAUACGGGUAUUUCCUCUAAGGCAAUGGGGAUCAUGAACUCCUUUGUGAAUGAUAUCUUCGAGCGUAUUGCUGGUGAGUCUUCUCGUCUUGCGCACUACAACAAGCGCUCGACCAUCUCUUCCCGGGAAAUCCAGACUGCUGUGAGGCUUCUGUUACCGGGAGAAUUGGCUAAGCACGCAGUGUCCGAGGGCACCAAGGCAGUUACCAAGUACACCAGCUCCAACGGUCGACUAGGUCCUCAAUAUAAGGCUCCGAGUGCGGCUCUUUUUCUUAUUCUUCACUUAAUACAUCACUUUGCUUGUAGUACAUAUUUGUCGUGUUUUGGCGAAAUGGCAAGAACGAAGCAGACGGCUCGUAAAUCAACUGGUGGCAAAGCUCCCCGAAAACAGCUCGCCACUAAAGCGGCUCGUAAGAGCGCACCUGCUACCGGUGGUGUAAAAAAGCCUCACCGUUACAGGCCCGGCACUGUAGCUCUGCGAGAGAUCCGUCGUUACCAGAAGUCUACCGAGCUGCUUAUUCGUAAGCUGCCUUUCCAGCGUCUGGUGAGAGAGAUCGCUCAGGAUUUCAAAACCGAUCUCCGUUUCCAGAGCUCCGCCGUCAUGGCUCUGCAGGAGUCCAGUGAGGCUUACUUGGUGGGUCUUUUCGAAGAUACCAAUCUGUGCGCCAUCCACGCCAAGAGGGUUACUAUAAUGCCCAAGGACAUCCAGCUGGCUCGCCGCAUUCGUGGAGAGCGUGCAUAAGAACAUGCAUUUUUAUUAUGUACAUUUGAUAAAACGGCUCUUUUCAGAGCCACCAAG